AUGGCCGACAACCCCAGGCUCAUCCAUGCCAUAGCCAAUAACCAAGACAAACUGGAGUUUGAGGAUAGGUCCGUCCUAAAACAGUUUCUUUCGGAAACAGAGAAGCUGUCCCCUGAAGACCGAGCAAAAUGCUUUGAAAAGAACGAGGCCAUUCAGGCAGCCCUUGAUGCUGUGGCACAGGAAGGCCAAUGUUGGGUAGACGACAAAGUGAAUUUUCAUUUAAUUCUAUUUAACAACGUGGAUGGCCAUCCCUAUGAACUUGAUGGACGAAUGCCUUUCCUGGUAAACCACGGCACCAGUUCAGAGGACUCCUUGCUGCAGGAUGCCGCCAAGGUCUGCAGAGAAUUCAUGGAGUGUGAGCAAGGGGAGGUCCACUUUUCUGCAGUGGCACUCUGCAAGGUGGCCUAA